AUGAAAGCCGAAAGAGCUUCAUUCAUGCCUUCCUGUGUCGAGAGCAGCAGCAGCGAGGCGGCUUUAAGACAAUCCGGGCAUCUCCGCAAGUCUGCGGAUGACAUCAUUGAUACUGUCAAUGCGGAGCAGCUGGGAGGGAAGGGGCUGGAUGGAGAGCCGGUGUGGAGGGGCUCAGUAACGCGCAGGAUUCGUGUUCCUUCACGUGACUGUGAACCGGGUCUGCCCGAGUCGAAACGCUCUGGAGCCAUGGAGCUGCGCGUGGGGAACAAAUACCGCCUCGGGAGGAAGAUAGGGAGCGGAUCCUUUGGAGAUAUCUAUCUCGGUUCAAACAUUGCUACCGGAGAGGAAGUAGCCAUCAAGCUGGAAUGUGUGAAGACCAAGCACCCACAGCUCCAUAUCGAGAGCAAAUUCUACAAAAUGAUGCAGGGCGGAGAAAUGAGAGUGUCAAUCAGUAGGAUUGAAUACAUCCACUCUAAGAACUUCAUCCACAGAGAUGUGAAACCCGAUAACUUCUUGAUGGGGCUCGGGAAGAAGGGCAAUCUGGUUUACAUCAUCGACUUUGGUCUGGCCAAAAAAUACAGAGACGCCCGAACGCACCAGCACAUCCCUUACCGUGAGAAUAAGAACCUCACUGGUACGGCCCGCUACGCCUCCAUCAACACCCAUCUCGGCAUCGAGCAGUCGAGAAGGGACGACCUGGAGUCUCUGGGCUAUGUUCUCAUGUACUUCAACCUGGGCUCUCUACCAUGGCAGGGGCUCAAGGCUGCCACCAAGAGGCAGAAAUAUGAACGUAUCAGUGAGAAGAAAAUGUCCACCCCCAUUGAGACCCUCUGCAAAGGAUACCCUACUGAGUUUUCGACCUACUUGAUCUAUUGCCGCUCCUUACGGUUCGACGACAGGCCAGAUUACUCAUAUCUGAGGCAGCUCUUCAGGAACCUGUUCCACAGACAGGGCUUCUCCUAUGACUAUGUCUUUGACUGGAACAUGCUGAAGUUUGGGGCCGGUAGGACAGCAGAUGAUAGGGAGAGGGAGAAGAAGGAAGGAAAAGAAGGGGAAGAACGAGCCGGUGGGGGUCAGAGGGGAGCCGGAGGCCGAGCUCCCCCGCCUGGGCCCAAUCCCUCGGCGGCCAACAGAGUCCGGAACGAGGUGGACCCCGCUUCCUCCAACCAGGCCACGCGUGGCGUCCAGCAGUCAGGUAACCGCUCGCCUCAGGCGGGGAGGGCAGAGAGGGCCGAGCGAGAACGGAAGGUGGCCAUGAGGCUUCACCGCGGGGCCCCCGCCAACGUCUCCUCCUCUGACCUCACCGCCCGCCUGGACCAGUCGCGCAUCACCGCGUCGCAGUGUCCUCUUCGUGAGGAAAUUCUAUACGCGGACAUGCCAACGCGACAAAUGGAGACCGUGAACGGGGAGAACACUAUCUGGACAUCGUCCUUGUGCCCUCCAUCCACUCCCACUGCGAUGGGGCCCAACAUAUCAUGGCUCCCUGAAGCCCCGCUUCUGGGCCCGGAGCAGCCGUUGUUCCUGAUGACUCCAGCAGCGCAAGCUGUGUCCGGCUUCUUUGUCUGGACUGCGCUCAUUCUCACCUGCCAUCAGAUCUACAUGCACCUACGUUUCUACAGCUCACCCAGGGAGCAGCGUCACAUCGUGCGGAUCCUCUUCAUCGUUCCCAUCUAUGCUUUCGACUCCUGGCUCAGCCUGCUCUUCUUCACCAAUGACCAGUACUACGUUUACUUUGAUACAGUCAGAGACUGUUACGAGGCAUUUGUAAUUUACAACUUUCUGAGUCUAUGCUAUGAAUAUCUGGGAGGAGAGAGUGCCAUCAUGGCAGAGAUCCGUGGAAAACCCAUAGAGUCCAGCUGCAUGUAUGGUACCUGCUGUCUGAGAGGAAAGGCCUACUCCAUCGGCUUCCUGAGGUUCUGUAAGCAGGCCACUCUGCAGUUCUGCGUGGUUAAGCCGCUCAUGGCUAUCAUCACUGUCAUCCUGCAGGCCAACGGCAAAUACAAGGAUGGAGAUUUUAAUGUUGCCGGCGGAUACUUGUACGUGACCAUCGUCUACAACAUCUCUGUCAGUCUGUCCCUGUACGCCCUCUUCCUCUUCUACUUCGCCACCAGGGAGCUGCUCAGCCCUUACAGCCCUAUGCUCAAGUUCCUCAUGGUCAAGUCGGUGAUCUUCCUCUCCUUCUGGCAGGGACUGCUGCUGGCCAUCCUAGAGAAAUGCGGGGCCAUUCCUCAGAUCAACUCUCUGGAGAUGUCUCUCGGCGAGGGCACGGUCGCCGCAGGCUACCAGAACUUCAUCAUUUGCGUGGAGAUGUUUUUCGCCGCGCUGGCCCUCCGACACGCCUUCACGUACAGAGUCUACAUGGACAAAAGUCUGGAUUCACGAGGCCGCUGCGCCCCGAUGAAGAGCAUAUCCAGCAGCCUGAAGGAGACCAUGAACCCAGGCGACAUGGUCCAAGAUGCCAUCCACAAUUUCUCCCCGGCCUACCAGCAGUACACCCAGCAGUCCACGCUGGAACAGGGGGCGCCGGCCCCCGUCUUCCGCACCCAAAAAAUCAUCGGCGUCCGCGGCGACACGGAGAAAACCCUCCUGCUCAGCUCAGACGAUGAAUUUUAG